CGAAAAGGGGUCAUGCCGGUCAUGCGAACCGACCAUUAUUUCGUUUGUCAAACUGCUUGUUUUCACCCUCAGUUUAAUAAAUAGAAUUUUCGUGAAGGUUGUUUUGCAGGUUGUCUGCUUUUAUUCCAUUUUCAAGGCAAUUAUGUCUUUUGAGCAAGACAAACGUUCGAUGUACGAACGUCGUCGUAACAUCCUGUACCUGGUUUCGCACUAUUUCUCCAUCGUGGGCCUCACUCAAUCCCGGCAAGCCCUGCUGGACGAAACGCACCUCACCGAAGAGUUCGAAGUUUGUGACAACAUCGACCUGGACACAAUCUACCAGGAAUAUUGCAGUUACUAUUCCCUAAAGUUUGGCAAACAGCCCAGAAUCGUUAAGAAAAAUGAAUCCCACCCGCUGAAUUCAACGCCAGCCUUGCCUCAACGUAAGCAAUCGGCCUACAAGAAACGGCAGCAUCCAACAGUGAAACCCCAACCAUUAUCGCCACGUGGGGAACCGGAACCGGAAAGCGAGUUCAAAUGUUUGGGUAACAAUUUGACGGUGUCUCAGGUGUUCAAUCCGAAUCAAGCUUCUCCUAGCAAGACUAGGGAGGCCUCUGGAAUGGCCUCGGCGAAAGUACAGGAGAAUGGUGCCAGCACUGCUGCGACUUUGGUUCCCAAUCUAAGGCCAUUCAUAAGGUUGCACGAGAAUUUCACUUCCGAGUGGAAAGAGCUGGCUGAUGCUGUUUGCAGAGAUUUGAUCAAAAAAGAUCUCCACCAGCGUUGGGAUCAUGUCAAAGGCCUGGACCAACCGAUAGCGCUGCUCAAAGAGAGUGUCAUCACACCGCUGAAAUACCCGGAACUCUUCGUUGGACUGACCAAACCGUGGCGCUGCAUCCUACUGCAUGGCCCUCCCGGCACCGGUAAAACUAUGCUCGCUCGAACGCUCUGCUCGGAGACCCGCGAUUCGAUCACUUUCUUCAACGCCACUGCCAGCACUCUGAUAUCCAAGUGGCGCGGUGAAUCCGAGAAACUUAUCCGCGUGCUUUACGAUGUGGCACAGUUCUAUGCCCCCUCGAUCAUCUUCAUCGAUGAAUUUGAUGGACUUGCCUCGCGGAGAGACUCGAUCGGUGAGCAUGAAGCUUCCAAGCGAUUCAAAAACGAGUUCCUCGCACUGAUCGACGGUUUAGAUAGCGAAAUGGACGAAGAACGAGUGUUUCUGUUGGGAAGCACCAACAUUCCGUGGGACAUUGAUCCAGCAUUUUUGAGACGGUUCGAGAAGAAAAUACUGAUUGAUGUGCCCAAUGUAGAAGGCAGAAUGGCGAUUGUUCAUGAACUACUGCCGGUAACGAUGAAGUGGGAUCGAAAACAGCUGGAGGAAAUAUCGAAAAGGACGGAGAAUUUCACGGGAGAUGAAAUAAGGAUAGCCUGCAAGGAAGCAUCGAUGAUGAUGGUACGCGAGAAGAUCGAACAAAAUUGCGAGACCAAUGGGAAAACCUUCACGGCUUCAUCACCCGAUGAAAUUCAGUACAGUCAACUGUUGAGUGCAUUACAGCAGAUCCAACCGGCCACGCUUCCAAUGAUUGAGAAACAUCGCGAGUGGAAUCGCAAUUAUGGAAACAAAACAUAAUGAGAUUGUUUUAAAUUCAAAUUCCGGACUAGACAAUUUAUUACAUAUUCAUUUACCGAAUGUAAAGAAUGACUUUAUUUUCGAAACGGACAUUUUAUAUUAAAAUAAAGAAAAAAAGAAAAUUCAGUUCAGUUCAACUCAAAAUCUGUCAUAUGAUUCGGAAAGGAAAACUUAAG